UUAGAAACGUCAAAAAAUAUUUUAUUUAUAAAAAGAUGUAUAAAUAAAUAAUUUUAGCAAUAUUAAUGAAUAUGAAUUUUUAAACAUUGUAUCAUUAUAACAGUUUCAAAAUAUUUUUCAAAAAGUUUUGUAUGCAAAAACCUAUACAUCUGUGUAUGAAUAUUGCCUAGCUGUCGCAUAGAAUUUUGAAGUUUAUAUAGUUGAGGUUAUGUUAAUUGUAUGUAACAUGUGAUUACAAAAGUUUUUUAAAAAAUCAAAAUAAUGGCAGACUUAACAAAACUAUUGCAAAAUAAUUUUCUUGUUAUUGAGCAUCUUUUUUCCACCCCGGCGAACAGUGCUGGUGACAUCGACUGCACGAAAAUAUCCUGGAUUUCCCAUGAAACAGUGAAAAACUUGGAUGUUUGGAAAACGUUAAUAGAUGCCUCGUUUGAUGGGGAACAGUUACUAGUCAUUUUUAACUCCAUGUCCGAAGAAGAGAAGCAGAAGUAUUUUAAAUUUGGCGUUGCCUGUUUUACUUUGUUUGUUCAAAGCAAUUUUACUGGCCCAGAACUGCUUCUAGAAGUGGUUGAAGACUUGGAAAAUGAAAUGUUUAAAAACACUGAUUUCUACAAACUGUUAUCUGUUAACAAUGAGGAAAUUAGUAGCAACACUAAACACCCUGCUUUGUUUGUAGCAUCAAAAUGCAUAUUUGCUUGGUGUAUCGUUAACAAUGUUGUCAAUUAUUGGUGGCUUAUUAGGUCUUUGAUUGUUCAUCAACAAAUAUUGGAUGAUUUAAGUCCCACAUUGCUUGCUACUGCAGAUAAUUUGUUUAAGAUUAUUGAUAAAAUGGAAUUGCCUGAAAACAUCAAGGCUUCAAUUGAUAUUGAACUUGGCCAACUGUAUUUGAUAUGCAGACACAUAUCAAAAGCAAAAGAGUACAUUUUAUCAGCCAGUAAGAUAUUAGGGAUAAAUUACAACCUAGUUGGAAGACUAGGCAAAAGAACUUGGCAUCAAGAACACGAAAUUGCUCAAUUAUCUUUGGAAGUAAAAGUAGAUGAGAAAAAGGAGAAAGAGCCCACUAAGCCUGAACCCAGCCAAGUAGACAUACCAGCUGAUUUACCAUUAAAUGACGAAAUACGACUGAACUCAAUAGCAUACAGCGAACCUACUACAGAAACGAAAAUUGUGCUUAGUAAUAUAGAACAAAAACUCUUUCUGACUAUAGUACAUGACAUGUUUAUUUCCAAGCCAGCCGAUGAACUUCAAGCUGAAGAAAUCCAACCAUUUGUUGACAUGAUUUUAAGCCAAAAAAAUUCGUACACAGUAAGGUCAGUAGCUCUUUUAUACAGAUGUCGACUUGAGGGCAAAAACUACCGAACCAUAGAGCGCUGUUUGCUCCAAACUGAAGAAGUUAUAAACAGUUUUAAAAAGGAUAGCCCCACAUUUUUAUAUAGAGUUCCAGAUGUAUUUGGGGCUGGUUUGAUACCAAUUUGGAAAGUUGAAGCACAAUAUGCUGAUUUGCUUUUGAAUAUUGGUCUUGUUAAGAACAGUUUAGAGAUUUAUUUGAAGCUUGAGCUUUGGGAGGAAGUUAUUGUUUGCUAUACUAUUUUGAAGCUGAAGCAUAAGGCUGCAGAAAUUAUUAAAGAACAGUUAGAUAUGAAUCCUACAGUAAAAUUAUGGUGUUUGCUAGGCGAUGCUACAGAUGAUAUAAGCUGCUAUGAAACUGCCUGGGAAAUGUCGAAAAAACGCAGUUACAGGGCUCAAAGGCAUUGGGGUCAAUUUUUAUUUGAAAGAAAAAAAUAUUUUGAAUGCAUACCCCAUUUUGAAAAGUCUGUGAGCAUAAAUCCUUUGCAGCCAAACAUAUGGUUUAGAUUGGGUUUCGCCGCGUUGCAAACUGAAAAUUGGCAGGUUUCUGCUACCGCUUUUAGAAGAUACACAACUUUGGAACCUGAAGGUUUUGAAGCAUGGAACAAUCUUGGCCAGGCAUAUAUUAAACUAGGAAACAAAAGAAGCGCCCACCAAGCCAUUUUGGAAGCCUUGAAAUGUAAUUUUGAAAACUGGAAAGUCUGGGAGAAUCUCUUGGUAGUUAGUUGUGACAUUUCCAAUUUUUCCGAUGUGAUCCGCGCAUAUCACAAACUCUUGGAUCAUAAAGGUAAAUACAUGAACAUUGAAGUGCUUAGUGUUCUUGUAUUUGGUGUUCUCAGUGAAAUAGUAGAUGCAGAAGGCAAGUCAUCCACUUUAUAUCUGAAAAAAACCCGCGAAUUGCUUGGCAGAAUAACGUCAAUACACACAAGUGAGGGUUAUGUGUGGGAGCUCUACGCCAUAUUGGCUCCAACUUUGGUCCUGAGAGUCCAAAGAUUGCAAAGAGCUUACAGAUCGUACACCCAAACAGGCUGGGACAAGAACGUCACCCUGUGCCAACAAGUCCUCCAAGUCUGCAUUAAACUAUCAGAGGCUGUUUUAGAAGAGGAAAUGAGUCCAAAAGAACCUAGUUUAAACUCCAUCAGGUUGAACAUCAGUUCGGCUUUAGCGGCUGUCAAAAAGCAGGAUUGGGAAGAUACCAAAGAGUUAGUGAAGGAGGUCUCUGAACAUUUAGACAGGGUUGUUGACAAGAUUAAAAGUGGUUUAUAAUUUGUUUUAAAUUUUUUAUAUGAGAAGAUUUUAACUGCUUGUUAAGUCUUUAUAUAUUUAUUUGUCAACUUUUUUGGUGCUGAAUCAUUAAAAAACUGAUAUCUUGGA